CUUUCCCCUCUGCGACAGUUUCCCGAGGCGCCUAGUGAGCGGCACAGACGAGCGCUCGGAGGCAACAUGGCGGACGUGCUGGAUCUUCACGAGGCCGGGGGCGAAGAUUUCGCCAUGGAUGAGGAUGGGGACGAGAGCAUCCACAAACUGAAAGAAAAAGCGAAGAAGCGAAAGGGCCGCGGCUUUGGCUCGGAGGGGUCACGGGCGCGGAUGCGGGAGGAUUACGACAGUGUGGAGCAGGAUGGCGAUGAACCCGGACCACAACGCUCUGUCGAAGGUUGGAUUCUCUUUGUUACUGGAGUCCACGAGGAAGCCACUGAGGAAGACAUUCAUGACAAAUUCGCAGAGUAUGGGGAAAUAAAAAAUAUCCACCUUAACCUGGACAGACGUACAGGAUACCUGAAGGGGUAUACUCUAGUUGAGUAUGAAACAUAUAAGGAGGCCCAGGCUGCUAUGGAGGGGCUCAAUGGCCAGGAUUUGAUGGGACAGCCGAUCAGCGUGGACUGGUGUUUUGUUCGAGGUCCACCCAAGGGCAAGAGGAGAGGUGGCCGAAGACGCAGCAGGAGUCCAGACCGGAGACGACGCUGAAAGCUCCUGUGUUAUCCAGGUGGUCUCCGCAAGAUUCCGUUUGGCCAUUCAGCCUUUGGAGGAAUAGGGCCGCUGGAGCUCGCUGUUUAUAUUUAACGUCUCACCCUAUCAGUUAGUGGGUUUUUUUUUUUUUUUUUUGGAAUCAUGAAUAAAUGUUUUUCUUUUGUUUUCUACAUUUAAAAUCAUUUUUCCUGUUCUGAUAUCGAAAGUCUUGAGGCACUGUUUAUAUAAAGGUGGUAUGGGUCAUUGUGAAAAUACUUCUCCCAAGGACUGAAUUCUAUGUAAGUUUCUAUAGUAGGCCAGUGCCACGGCUUACUAGGCUAAUUCUCCGCCCGCAGCGCUGGUACUCCGGUUUCUAGUCCCGGUUGCUCCUCUUCCAGUCUAGCUCUCUGCUGUGGCCUGGGAAGGCAGUGGAGGAUGGCCCAGGUGCUUGGGCCCUGCACCCGCAUGGGAGAUCAAUUUCCAGGAGGAAGCGCCUGGCUCCUGGCUUCGGAUCAGCGCGGCGCGCCGGCCAUGGCAGCCAUUUGAGGGCUGAACCGGCAGAAGGAAGACCUUUCUCUCUGUCUGUCUCUCUCACUGUCUAACUCUGCCUGUCCAAAAAAAACAAGCUUCUAUAGUAGACGUAGUCUCAAGUCUCAGAAGGGUUAGAGACAUGGCUCUAUUUAUUUCGUGGACGCUAAGAGCGAGGGUAGAAGUGAGUGAGAUGUUCGUAAGAUUCUAGACAGUAAUUACUCUGGUCGUGUGUACUGGGUUGUGAGCAAAUGGAUGUUGUAGGAAUGUCUCUUUGGCUUCUCUUUCCCUUUUUGAUGUUAUAUUUGUACUUCCAGCUGUCUUGAAUCUCUCCUUGGGGCAUGCUCCCUGGCCCUCCUUCCCUAGAGGAGUAUAUUUAAGUCCUUGAUGCCUUCUUCGACAGCCAAGGGCAUAGGUCCCAUAGAGGAGGGGAUCCAAAGGAGCCUUCAGGAGGCCAGAGAGGAAAAGAUGGGGCUUAGGCUGGGCGGGACUUCGGUUAUCAUGGAAGGGGAGAGCUAGUACCACACUCCCAGUAGGUAGUAAGGUGUCCAGCAGAGGACGAAGGCCAGCUAGACAGGCAGGGCAAGUCACAGGACCCAAAGAUGAACGUGGGGUGCUUGUCUAAGGAGUGGUAGAGGGCAGAUUGACCAGCAAAGGCUGAGAAUUUGGAAAAUAUACUCAAAUGCAUAACCAGUCAACCUAGCAUGAACUGCUAUAUGGAUAGUGAGAAGGAACUCUCCCCCACAAGGAGGAGAAUGCUGCACACCCUGCUCUUCCCAUCCUUCCAGUGUGGGAUCCUGUCCCCCCACGGGGUAGAAAAGGUUUUGAUUGAGAUGCUCUGUUAUAGGAAGCCACCAAGUCUGCUUUAAGACUUGACUGUGUUCAAGGAGUCUACUUACUACCUUUCCUCCCAGUCCUCACCUUGCUAACAGCUUAGCAAAAGCUAUUAAGAAUUGAAAGCACUGAAUAAGAUCUCCCCCAUUGGGUGCUAGGGAUGUGGUUAGGAUCUCAUUUUGGUUUAGUGACUUUUCGAUAGCUGUUAUGUAGAUACAUAUAAUCUGUUUAGAGGGCAUGGUUCUGAGAGUAAGGAAAAAGGCUUGAGAAUUGGAAUCUCACCACAGCUUCGCUGUCUUGUUUGGAGACUGGACACACUGAGGGUGAUUGAUCUGGCUAUGACAGUUGGCCAUGGCAGUCACACAGAGGUAGCAGAAGAUGAGGAGGCUCUAAGUAGUCUCUUGCCAUCAAGCCUUGUAGCUGCUUUUGGUGACACUAAGUGAAGGAGAGUGCCAGCCAGCACAGUGUGCAGUAUGGAACAGGAACAGCUGGGGUGGAGUUGAGGACUAUUGGAACUGGUUUCCAGCACCACCCAGCCUACCCCGCUGUGUCACACUGUCUCCUCCCAGUUCACCCUGAAUUCCUCAUGGAAUGUUGCAGCACCAAGUAAUGGCUAUCCAUAGUGCCAUUUCAAAAAGAAUAUGAAAUGAAAAUAUUUGUCUUCCCCUUAGGCUUGAACAUGGUACUAGCAUUUUGUUAAAGCCUGGAACUUAACCCAGGCUUCUUAAGUACAGUUCUAAAAUUACACUGUAUUUACAGAAGGAUGAUAAUCUCUACCACCUCAUUAGCCAAAAUGGUUUUCCUGAUAGGUCAAUAAAGUUUGUGGGAAAAGAUACUGUAUAAAAUCGAUGCUGCUAAAAUUCCAGGUUACUUUGCAACCACUCUUAAGUAACCUUUAGUAACUAUGUACAAUUACAUGUGUAAUAGUGAAACUUAAAUAAUUUUUAAAAAUUUAAGAUUUUAUUUAUUUAUUUGAGAGAUACAGUUACAGAGAGAGACAGAGAUAAAGGUCUUCCAUCAACUGGUUCACUCCCCAAAUGGAUGCAAAUGCCAGAGCUGAGCCGAUCCGAAGCCAGGAGUUUCUUCAGGGUCUUCCACAUGAGUGCAGGGACCCAAAUACUUGGGCCAUCUUCUGCUUUCCCAGGCCAUAGCAGAGAGCUGGAUCAGAAGAGAAGCAGCCACAACAUGAACCAGCACCCAUAUGGGAUGCUGGUCCUGGGAAAUAGGCUUGACCUACUUUGCUGUAGCGCCGGCCCCUAAAUAAUAAAGUUUAACAUUUUCCAAAUGCUGUUGGCUUCCCCUCCUGCUUCUUGAUAAGUAGCUGGGCUUUUGGAUUGACUCAUUAAUGAGUAUUUUUUUUCAGUUUAGAGCUGAAAGAUUAGAGCACUUUAGUUCCAUUCUUGUAUACCAAGCUGCUAUUACUUUGAUGAAAGGUAAACUCAGUAGGUGCCAGAUUCCUAAAUAUAAGUCAUUUGGGAAAAUGAUUUCAGCAGGCAUGAGGGACUUAUGUGAAAGGAGAGUAAUAGUAUCAGUCAAAGCCAUAGAAUUUUUUAUUUUUUUUUUAAAGAUUUAUUUAUUUGAAAGAGUUACAGAGAGAGGUAGAGCCAGAGAAAAAGAGAGAUCUUCCAUCCACUGGCUCAUUCCCCAAAUGACCACAACAGCUGGAGCUGAGCCAACCUGGAGCCAAGAGCCAGGAACUUCUUCCCAGGUCUCCCACGGGUAAAGGGGCUCAAGGAGUUGGACUAUCUUUUACUGCUUUCCCAGGCUAUAGCAGAGAGCUGGAUUGGAAGUGGAGCAUCCGGGACUCAAACCAGCAGCCAUAUGGGAUGCUGGCACUGCAGGCUGAAGCUUUUAACCUGCUGCUUCACAGCGUGGGACCCAGCCAGACAACUUCAAGAACAGUUGAAGUUAACGAUCAGGCUAAUCAGACCAUUCAGCUACUCCUGAGUGGUCUUUCCUCCUCUGUUUUUUGUAUAUUUCUGGCUGCUUUGUUAGGUUUAGUUUUGGAGGGUUUUUUGUUUGUUUGUUAUGCAUAGAAGUACUGAAUGUGAGUAUAAAAAUAGUGAAAGCUCUUGAAUUUAGAGUUCGGUCCAUAGCUUUGUUUGUACUUCCCUUUCUCCUAUUUUUAUAUGUAGUUUACCAUCUAUUGUAAAAAUCUUUCUUUCAACAGCUGAUAACAUGGAACUCUUGACCCUACAAAAAUAAUUCCUAACUACUAAUACCCCCACUACACUAAGAUUAUACUGUUGGGCUGGCGCUGUGGCGCAGCGGGUUAACGCCCUGGCCUGAAGUGCUGGCAUCCCAUAUGGGCGCUGGUUCAAGUCCCGGCUGCUCCUCUUCCGAUCCAGCUCUCUACUAUGGCAUGGGAUAGCAGUAGAAGAUGGCCCAACUCCUUAGACCCCUGCACCCGCGUAGGAGACCUGGAGGAAGCCCCUGGCUCCUGGCUUCGCAUUGGCACAGCUCUGGCCAUUGCGGCCAAUUUGGGAGUGAACCAUCGAAUGGAAGACCUCUCUCUCUCUGCCUCUCCUCUCUCUGUGUAACUCUG